AUGGAAGGUGAAGGACAUUGGCAAACACUCGAACAUGACAAUGACUAUGAAAUCUUUUCAGAGUACCCUUAUCCAAUUAGACGUAUAAGCAAUAAAAGAGUUGUUAGUGAGUUUGACCAAGGAAAUGGUUAUAUUUGUGUAAAUUUAAACAAACACAAGCUAAUGAAACAUAGAAUAGUUGCAGAAACUUUCAUUCCGAACCCUGAAGGACUUCGUGAAGUAGACCAUAUAAACAGAGACAGAGGAGACUUUCAUAUCUCGAACUUAAGAUGGACGACAAGAAGAGAAAACAUGAGAAAUAUUUCUGGUUCAAAUGGCUAUUGGUUUGACAUUGUUGACUCUCUUCCUGAAGACGCUGUUGAAAUUAUACAAUACUCAUAUCACACGUUAGAGAACUACUACUAUGUCCCAAGUGAAGAUGUCUUUUACUGUUUCAUGGGAACUCAAUACAGACGAAUGAAUGUCUUAAGACAGUAUAACAAAGAUUAUAUAAACAUUACAGAUGUAGAAGGAAGAAGAACAAAGCUGUUUAUUGCAAAGUUUAAGAGAGACAAUGGUUAUGUAUAA